AGAUCAGUGUUCACUAGAACAUCUGUAGGCACACACACACAGGCUCUUUGCUGUCAGCCUCCUGCUUGGCUCAGUCAUAGUGGGCAGUCAGUGAAUCUUCCCCAAGUGCUGACAUUUAAUACCCGGUUUAGCAGCAAAGAUUCAGAGAGGGGUAAGCAGCCCCUCUGGCCUUCAGAUAAAAGAUCUACUCACGAUCAGAAAAUAUGUCACUGCAGAUGGUAACAGUCAGUAACAACAUGGCCUUAAUUCAACCAGGCUUCUCACUGAUGAAUUUUGAUGGACAAGUUUUCUUCUUUGGCCAAAAAGGCUGGCCCAAGAGAUCCUGCCCCACUGGAGUUUUCCAUUUUGAUGUAAAGCAUAACCAUCUCAAACUGAAGCCUGCAGUUUUCUCUAAGGAUUCCUGCUACCUUCCUCCUCUUCGCUACCCAGCCACAUGCAUGGUCAAAGGCAGCUUGGAGUCUGAAAAGCAUCAAUAUAUCAUCCAUGGAGGGAAAACACCAAACAAUGAACUUUCAGAUAAGAUUUAUGUCAUGUCUGUUGUUUCCAAGAACAACAAAAAAGUUACUUUUCGCUGCAUGGAGAAAGACUUGGUAGGAGAUGUUCCUGAAGCCAGAUAUGGUCAUUCUAUUGAUGUGGUGUAUAGUCGAGGGAAAAGUAUGGGUGUUCUCUUUGGAGGACGGUCAUACAUGCCUUCUACCCAAAGAAUCACAGAAAAAUGGAAUAGUGUAGCUGACUGCCUGCCCCAUGUUUUCCUAGUGGAUUUUGAAUUUGGGUGUGCUACAUCAUAUAUUCUUCCAGAACUUCAGGAUGGGCUGUCUUUUCAUGUCUCUAUUGCCAGAAGUGAUACCAUCUAUAUUUUAGGAGGACAUUCACUUGCCAAUAACAUCCGCCCUGCCAACCUGUACAGAAUAAGGGUUGACCUUCCCUUGGGUAGCCCAGCUAUUAAUUGCACUGUCUUACCAGGAGGGAUCUCUGUCUCCAGUGCAAUCCUGACUCAAAUUAACAAUGAUGAAUUUGUUAUUGUUGGUGGCUAUCAGCUUGAAAAUCAAAAAAGAAUGAUCUGCAACAUUGUCUCUUUGGAGGACAACAAAAUAGAAAUUCGUGAGAUGGAGACCCCAGAUUGGACCCCAGACAUUAAACACAGCAAGAUAUGGUUUGGAAACAACAUGGGAAAUGGAACUAUUUUUCUUGGCAUACCAGGAGACAAUAAACAAGCUGUUUCAGAAACAUUCUAUUUCUAUAUGUUGAAAUGUGCUGAAGAUGAUGUGAAUGAAGAUCAGAAAACAUUCACAAAUAGUCAGACAUCAACAGAUGAUCCAGGGGACUCUACUCCCUUUGAAGACUCAGAAGAAUUUUGCUUCAGUGCAGAAGCAUAUAGUUUUGAUGGUGAUGAUGAAUUUGACACCUAUAACGAAGAUGAUGAGGAAGAUGAGUCUGAGACAGGCUACUGGAUUACAUGCUGCCCUACUUGUGAUGUGGAUAUCAACACUUGGGUACCAUUCUAUUCAACUGAGCUCAACAAACCUGCCAUGAUCUACUGUUCCCAUGGAGAUGGACACUGGGUCCAUGCCCAGUGCAUGGAUCUGGCAGAACGCACGCUCAUCCAUCUGUCAGCAGGAAGCAACAAGUAUUACUGCAAUGAGCAUGUGGGGAUUGCAAGAGCACUACAAACUCCCAAAAGAGUCCUACCCUUAAAAAAGCCUCCAAUGAAAUCCCUCCGUAAAAAAGGUUCUGGGAAAAUCUUGACUCCUGCCAAGAAAUCCUUUCUUAGAAGGUUGUUUGAUUAGUUUUACAAAAGCCUUUCAGAUUCAAGUGCAUUGAAUUUUUUAAUCUAUUUUAAAGAAUCAUAAUGAUGAUAAAAAAACUAUAUCCCUAUUUUUGUUUAUUAAAAAUGCCUAUGUUUUCUUUUACCUAAGUGCCAGGUGAAAAUGCUUAUAAGGCAGUGCUAACUUCAGUCAUUCUAGAACCUAUACAUUUUGAAAAUAUUUUACUCAAAUAAUCUAUUCAUUUAUUCUUAGAUGAAAAUUGAAAUCUUAAACACAAGUAGUAAUAAUAAUCAAAGUCUGUUCACAUUCCUUAUGUGAUUUUUUGGUAACCAAUAACCUGUAGAGUAGUUAAGACGAAUUUAACCAACAAAGAAACUGAAACCCAAAGUAAUUAAAUUAAUUAUUGUGUGCAAUAUAACCUUUUGGUGGUUAACCAAAACUUAAAAACAAGAUUAACUACAUCCUAUGCUAGUCCUCUUCAUUCUAGAAUUACACCCAUGAACAGAAUAAGUUAGUUCCUUACAGCUUUUACAUACACAUGUAUAUAUAGUCUCCAUUGACAUGAACAAAGAAAGAAUCCACAUCAAGUUUGGUACAUUUUCUUGAAUUAUCUGCAUGUACUUUCUUAACGGAUUCCCCCUCCCCAUUAUAUGAUGCAUGAAUGAGGUGCCAAAAUCAGUCCCUUGAACCAAUUAUUUCAGGAAGUUUUCAUGGAAAACUUAAGCCCGCUGCUUCUUAGCACUCUGGAAAAAGGAGAUAGUGAGAAUACAAUAAGAAAGGACCACCAAAUAACUCUCAUGAAGAAGAAUAAAAUUAUUUUCCAAAAUAAUAAAAUUUUGAAGAAUUUUAUGAAGUUAGUAGGCAGGAGAUUUUAAAUGGGAAAAAAGAAAUUUAUUUGUGUGUGUGUGUCUAGUUAACAUGUGGAGUUUGCUGCCAGUGAAUAUUAUAAAAUCAGUGAACUUGCCAAAGUUCAAUUAGACACUUGCUAGAACGAAACUAGUUAAAAGGACUGUUAAUUUUGAGGAUUCAAGACACCAUUUGAUACUUAGAUGACCUUAGAAACAAAUAUCUUCCCCCCUGGAGUAUUUUUCUGGUAAAUCAUUGUACUUUAUCCUAAGAACUUCAGCCAUAGAUUCUUGUUCAUCACUGUUCACUGGGAGUUCAUAGUGUGUAAGGUACUACUAUCAAAUUUAGGGGAAAGAUGAACUAUGUAGGAGAUGAAAAAUGCUGGAGCAUAAGUUCUUCUGCUAAUAAUUUCAUGUCCCAGAUACUGAUGUUAACUUAGAUAAGCUAAUUCAUGUUUAUUCUGUUUCAAUGUCACUUGAUGAAUAUUCCUUUUGAACAAUUGCUGUAUCAUUGAUUUGAUUUUUUGUUGUUUAUAUCACUUGUAUAAAAAUAAUAAAAUAUAAAAGUCUUCUGUUUAUAGUGAUGUACUCAAAUUAUCAACAUUUAAAGUUACCCAAAUAAAGGCAAAAUUAUGCAUUUAGUUUUCUCAG